UAAUAUUUUGUAUUUGUACAUUCAUUAUUUUUUUCAACAUGCAUUGCAGAUACCCAAUCUUUUUUGUUUAUCAUAAAGAACAAAAAGUUGAAUAAUAAAUAUGCAAAUAAAAUUGUCUUACGGACAUAUUAUACCCAUAAAAUAUAAUUUUCUUUAGAAAAACUUUCAAUCACCAUAAAUGAUAAUUAUCCAUCCAAUUUACCGCCCACACUCAUCCCCACGUGUCUAUCCUAAAUGAUAAUUAUCCUUCUCCCACGCCCACCCCCACGUGUCUCAUGCCGGGGUUCUUACAAAAUUUAAACGGAACAGUAAUCCAAAUCAUAAUGUCAUCGAGCGGCUUCGGCUCAAAAUACCAAAUUGAAAAAAAAAAAAACCCCGAACCGCAAGCACCGAUGGACGGCAUCGUCGACGAGCUGAGCAGUGCCUACGAUGAGCUCGUUGCGGCGACUGCGGGCGUCCUGGAGGCGAGGUCCGCAUCCGGGGAACAGAAGACGGCGGAGACCGACGCCACCCUGGUGGGCUUCAAGAAGCGGUGGGAGACCUUCCAGGCGGUGUGCGACCGCGCGGAGGAGAUGGUGGAGCGGGCGCGCCACCGCAUCGGGUCGGAGUUGCUCGUCGACGAGGCCACCGGCGCCACCUCCCAGGCGCCCGCCAGCGGGGUGCUCCCGAUCAACGCCUCCCGCCUCGAGCAGACGAGCAAGGCCGUCCGCUGGCUCGUCCUCGAGAUCCAGCGUGGCGCCGGGUCCGCCACCCCCUCCGCUGCCGCCCCGCCACCCGCCGCCGCUAGUCCUUCCUCCUCCUCUUUGGCACCCUCUGACGCUAGGUUUUCCGAAGAGGUGCCCUUGUGGUUAGCCGAAUGAAGCAAAUAUCUUCUCAACUUUGUUGAGUUUUCCGGCACAAGUGGAAGCAUAGAAGGCCUGAAAAAAGUUUAUCGACCUCCAAUUUGUUGCCACAUCAUUCUAAUUUAGCAUUCAACCAUGCUGUCAUCUUAUUUUAUUACCACCUCCACAAAUUAUAAACACAAUGAGGCUGUUCCUGAGUAUCCGGAGCUAGUUCUUUGUGAGAAGUGUGAAGAUAUAAGGACUUAAAAAAAUAUAUGUGCAUCUCAAGAGUUCGUCCGGUCUAUGCAUUGUGGGGUUGAUAUUAUAAGAACUUUUUCCUUUUAGCUUUAUAGAGUAUGGUUUAGAUCAACAAGAAAGUAUUGAGCAGCAUAUGAAGAUGGGGACCAGACCUGGGAGCAGGAGCAACUAGUAAGAGGUCCAUGCCAUUACCUGUACUUAUGUGGAGAGGACUUUCCACCAAUAUGUCCGUGACCUGGUCGUGCAAACUGAUGAGUGGCGGAAGCAUGAUGUGAUGACAUUGCAUAUUAAUGGACAUGCAAUGAAAGUGGGGCAUGCAACUGCAUGAAGGUAUGCCGCCUCUCACCUCCGAGGCUUGAAGAAUUGCUGUGCUGUCAAGCAAGUGGAAUGGGCAUCUUCCUUGCCCCAUCUCCAACUCUGUUGAUUGGAACAAGUGAGUCUUUGUAUUUCUAUUUUGGGUUUCUCUUUGUUAUUGAUUCCAAAGUUUUUAUUUAAUUCAGUUUAUUGUGGUAUUUCCAAAUAUGGUAAUUGGUAAGAAAUGAUCUUAGGUUCGUCAUGAAUGUUGGAUGGACGUUAUGAAAUUUAAAUGUGUACUUGUUUGUGGGAUUUGGCCUUUGCUUCUGGCUUGAUAUAAUUGGGAUAAGGCUUGUCAAUAUCUAUCUAUUUGGUUUUACAUAGAAGAUUUAAAUUAAAACAUUACAAUGCUAGAUUCUAUGGGCAUUGCAACACACUUUGAAAGUUCCCUUCUGAAAGUUGUAAAACCUGGUGUAGUUAAGACCAAAAUGGAACAGGUAGAAUCACUGUGGUCAUUUCCAGUUUGUUCCAUCUCUGAACAAGGAGGCAAUUGGAGUGUUCUUGCGGAUCUAAAAGCUUCCAUCAUGAACUCCUUAUUAAGGUGAUGUUUCCGAAUACUGUGCUAAAUUUUCAUAAAUUUCUUUAUUUAAGUUUUAUUUAUUAUUUCAAAAAAAAAAAGGUUCGAUCAUCUGUUAUGUUGGAGGAUUCAGUGAUUCAGAUGGUUUGUUAAGAUAGCGGGGAAUGACAUCCUUGUAAGGCUGCCCACAAUCCAAUUCAUUCAAGGCUUGCUUUCUGAGAAAGGUUUCUGGAGUGGAAGAUUGAAAGGAUCCAUCCAUAAGCGCCUGUUCCAAGAUGUGAUCAGCUGAAACAGAUCCUUAACAGGUCAUUUCAUGUCGGUAUCACGCAUUUCCAGUUCUUUAUGACAGGUAAAGGAGGACUACUCUCACAUCUCAGUGCUCAAGAACAUAUUUAGAUCCUUCCAAACUUGGAUUUUCUCAUCAUUCCUGAAAAAAUUUUACCAAAGAAAGAUUUAUGAAGGGUAUCAGAUGCUCGAAUACUCAAGUUCUAGAUUGAUCAUCUAAGAAUUUGCACUAUUUCAGGCCAGUGUGGAAUAGGGGUAUGUAUGAUCGCCUACAGUCUGAUCCAGAUUCAGUCUUUUAAGUGGUUUUAUUUCUGAAACAUAAGUUUACAUCCUAACUACUAAGCGUGUUAGAUCAAAGUUCUGCAAGCUUGAACCA